CAUUCCCGGCCAAUCGCUUCUACUUCCGGCGGCGUUCGCUCUCAAUCCAAGAUCUGUAAAACCUAAUACCGAUUCCAGGGUCCUGUGGUGGUUGGGACCUCAGUUCGAGGAUUCUUUAAUCUGCAAGCAGUGACGCCCAGUGGCUGCAUUAUUUUUGUUUCAAUCCUGGUUGUACUAAAGUAUCUUAUUAGUUAUAGAUUUUGCAUGCAAUAAAACAGAAAGAAUGGGAGAUGGCAAUAGCAGCUCCAGUAGAGGAAGCAACACCUUAUCCAGCAGUGAGAAGCCCGAGUGGCUGCAGCAGUACAAUCUGAUUGGCAAAAUUGGUGAAGGUACUUAUGGUCUUGUGUUUCUAGCUAGAAUCAAGUCUGCAACAAAUCGUGGAAAAGCAAUUGCCAUCAAGAAAUUCAAACAGUCCAAAGAUGGUGAUGGUGUCUCCCCCACUGCCAUCCGUGAGAUCAUGUUGCUUCGGGAGAUCUCACAUGAGAAUGUUGUGAAGCUUGUGAAUGUGCACAUUAAUCAUGCAGACAUGUCAUUGUAUCUGGCUUUUGAUUAUGCCGAAUAUGACCUUUAUGAAAUAAUUAGGCAUCACAGAGACAAGGUUAACCAUUCCAUCAAUCAGUACACUGUUAAAUCAUUGCUCUGGCAGCUGCUUAAUGGACUGAACUAUCUCCAUAGCAAUUGGAUUAUACAUCGGGACCUGAAGCCAUCAAAUAUCUUGGUCAUGGGUGAGGGUGAAGAACAAGGAGUUGUUAAAAUUGCUGAUUUUGGACUUGCAAGGAUUUAUCAAGCUCCCCUGAAGCCAUUAUCAGAAAAUGGAGUGGUUGUGACCAUAUGGUAUCGUGCACCUGAGUUGCUUCUUGGUGCAAAGCAUUAUACAAGUGCUGUUGAUAUGUGGGCUGUUGGUUGCAUUUUUGCUGAACUUUUGACUUUGAAGCCCCUAUUUCAGGGGGCGGAAGCCAAAUCCACUCCAAAUCCUUUCCAACUUGAUCAGCUUGACAAGAUAUUCAAGAUCUUAGGCCAUCCCACCCUGGAAAAGUGGCCAACACUAGCAAAUCUUCCACAUUGGCAAUCAGAUCAGCAACACAUUCAAGCACACAAGUAUGACAAUCCUGGACUUCAUAAUGUCGUUCAUCUCUCUCCAAAAAGCGCUGCAUUUGACCUACUGUCAAAGAUGCUUGAAUAUGACCCAAGAAAGCGUAUAACAGCUGCACAGGCUCUAGAGCAUGAGUUUUUUAAGAUUGAUCUUCUGCCUGGUCGCAAUGCACUAGUACCCAACCAACCCGGAGAGAAAAUUGUGAAUUAUCCUACUCGUCCAGUAGACACAAAUACAGAUUUUGAAGGGACAACUAGUAUUCAACCUUCACAAUCAGUAUCAUCUGGGAAUCCAGUUGCAGGGAACAUGGGAGGUGCUCAUGCAGUGAAUAGAUCUGUCCCUCGACCUGUGCCUACAAUGCAGAGAAUGCCACCUCAGCCCAUGGGAAUGGCUUAUAAUUUCCCUUCUCAGGCGGUAGGCGGGAUAAAUCCAGGAGGCAUGCCAAUUCAGCGACCCCUUACUGCACAGCAGCAUCAGCAGUUGAGAAGGAAAGAUCCAGGAAUGGGCAUGCCUGGAUACCCUCAACAAAAACCAAGACGUUUGUGACUCUGAUCAUUUGACAUCUAGUCAAUCAUUUCUUUUAGAUUGACACUGGACUCACUUGAUGUAAUUGAUGAUCCACUUAGCUAUGACAUAUCCAUUGUGGUCUUUGAAGAAGAUGUAUGGUAGGUGCUCUAGGAGCUCUUUCCCGACUUCACUUAGAAAAUUUUCGCAACUCAGGGCUGUUGGAUUGAUCAGUCAGAACUUGGAAGCAUGUUGCAUGUUAAUGAAGGGGAAAUUUUUCCGUCUUUAGCAACUUUUAUUUCAUGACAAGGAAAAGAACAACAAUUUAUAAAUUAUUCAAGUAGAAUAUAUCCAAAUGCAUAUAUUAAAAUUCCUACUUGUAA